CUUCAACCACUGCAGAAGUAUCUGAGCGACACGGCAGAAGAUGGGAGCUCUCAGAGAUAAUUCGUAUCUGCAUGCAAUGGAGGAAAUAUAUUUGAAACCUGAUAACCCAACAUCUUCAACAAAUCACACGGGUCGAAUGAGCUCUAAGAGGAGUUUCUGUUUAGUUGGUAUUCUCUCUCUUUGCCUGUUGGGUGCUUUCCUGCUGGCUCGACUGAUCACUUUUGGUAUUUACUAUCAUAACUGCUUACAUGAUUCAGCUGAUCAUCUGGCAGAAAUAAAGAAACAACUUUAUUCUAUGACUGAGGAGAGAGACCUGCUGACUGAAAAGACCAAAGAGCUGAAAACGCUGCUAUGUUUCUCCAAUCAGUACAAAACAUGUCCUGUAGGAUGGAGCAAGUUCAAUCAUAGAUGCUAUCUCCAAUCGGAAAGGUCUGAUUCGUGGGAUGCGGCCAGAAAGAACUGCACAGACGAAGAAGCCGAUCUGAUAGUCAUUGACAGCCCUGAAGAAAAGACUUUCCUCCCUACAAUCAUCAAUGAACAAACUUGGAUUGGUUUGAAUGACAAAGAACAGGAGGGAACAUGGAAAUGGGUAGAUGGUACUCCACCGACUCUGAUGUAA